CGCACCCGCCGCCUGCCCGCCCACCGCCUCCUCAGCUCCGGGCUGCUGGUGGCAGAGCGCGGGGCUCCGCCCAGGCCAGCCUUCCCGCCUGCCCUGUGCUGCUCAGCGAUCCUGGAGCGUGUGUCCAGAUGUCGACCUGGCUGCCACAGGGGAGUCCACUGGGAGACUGAGGGGCAGGCUUGGGCCAGGUUGAGACCAACUAGCCCUGAGCCCCAGGACCAGGGAGAUGGCAGCCCCUCUGGAGACCCAGGACCAGGCCCCUGGGGAGGGAGAUGGGCUUCUGAUUGUGAAGGUGGAAGAUUCCUCCUGGGAGCAGGACUCUGCCCAGCAAGAGGAGGGGAGGUAUGCUGAGUCUUGCCGCCAGCGCUUCCGGCAGUUCUGCUACCAUGAUGCAGCUGGGCCCCACGAGGCCUUCAGCCAGCUCUGGGAGCUGUGCUGCCGCUGGCUUCGGCCCGAGCUGCGCACCAAGGAGCAGAUCCUGGAGCUGCUGGUGCUGGAGCAGUUUCUGAGCGUGCUGCCCGGUGGCGUCCAGGGCCGGGUGCAGGAGCGCCACCCAGGGAGUGGCGAGGAGGCGGUUUCCUUGGUGGAGGACCUGCAGAAGCAGCCAGGGAAAGCCAGGCAGCAGGAUGUGCCCUCAGAGGAGGUGAAAGCUGAGCCCGCAGUCCAGAGAGCCCAGGCCAAGGGGCCUCCCCCAAAGACAGGGGCACAAACCCAGCUGCCCCAGGAGCCGCCCAGCCACAGUGACCAGCUUGCCCCCCAGCUCCCUACCCUUUCUAAAGAGGGGAGUCCCAGAGAGACCAUGGACAUCUGCCCUGCCUCGGGGGUCCAAGGACCUGUGAUAUUUGGGGAUGUUCCCUUCUACUUCUCCCGGGAAGAAUGGGAGUCCCUGGACCCUGCUCAGAGGGAUCUUUUUUGGGACAUAAAGCGGGAAAACUCACGGAAUGUUGCUCUAGGUUUGGGGCUCAAAAGCCAGAGCAAGCGAUCGGGGCUGGAAGAGGUGGUAAUGGCGUCACCCGGCCAGGCUGGUGGUGACACGUCUGCAUCCUGGAGCCCUGAGGAGGCUGAGGCCUGGGAGAGCGAGAACCGUCUGGGGGUACCGCUGGGUCAGGUGGGGGGGGCACGGCGGGGUCGGCCACCCACGCGCCUGCGGCGGUUCCGGGACGUGGCGGCCGAGAAGCCGCAUAGCUGCGGGCAGUGCGGCAAGCGUUUCCGCUGGGGCUCAGACCUGGCGCGGCACGAGCGCACACACACAGGUGAGAAACCCCACAAGUGCCAGGCGUGUGACAAGCGCUUCCGCAGCUCCUCCGACCUGGUGCGCCACCAGGGCGUGCACACGGGCCAGAAGCCCUUCUCCUGCUCCGAGUGCGGCAAGAGCUUCAGCCGCAGCGCCUACCUGGCCGACCACCAGCGCAUCCACACGGGUGAGAAGCCCUUCUGCUGCAGCGACUGCGGCAAGAGCUUCUCGCUACGCUCCUACCUGCUGGACCACCGGCGUGUGCAUACUGGCGAGCGGCCAUUUGGCUGCGGGGAGUGUGACAAGAGCUUUAAGCAGCGUGCCCACCUCAUCGCCCACCAGAGCCUGCACGCCAAGAUGGCCCAGCCUGUGGGGUGACCGGGCACCACCCCCCCACUGGGCUGUCCCCAAGGUGCCAGGCCUUGGAUCCCUGGAAGGAGACAGCACAUGGUUGCACCUGUGGCCCUGCUGUUCCUCUUCCACCUUUCUGCCCCGCUACCCUGGGCUGCGCAGAACACACCCCACCCUGCUCCGCUCCACGGACCUGCCCAGCCCUCCCAGGAUCGAGCCCCCUUAACCUUGUCAUCAUCCCGCUCUGCUCCGUCUCUCCUUUCCCCUUUGGUUGUCCUCACUAGUGACCAUACAUAUGGGGAAGGCUGGGGCAGUUGGGGUCCCCAUCCCAGACCCUCUGUAGCUUCUCUUUGGCUGGGGGCUCUGUCUGCUGCUGUCUCAGGCAGGUGCAUGACCAGCCCUCUACCCCUGCCAGCCCAUCCCUUCCAGUGCGAGCAGAGGGUGUGUGGCAGGCCUUAACCCUCCUCCUGGGCCCUGGUAGGGACAGUCAUCCCCCCCAUGAGGGUCUGAAUCCUGGGCAAGGUCACAGGCUUCCUGCUGCCCUGCAGGGUUGUUCAGGGACCCCUUGUUACCCACCCCUCGCAUGUCCUGUGACCUCUGCCCCUUCUCAGCACUUGUGCCCAUCCUCACCCUUGGGGGCCUUCUACUAACUAUUGGUGCAGGGAGGGUGGUGGUGGCCCUGGGAACAGGUAGCCAAGCCUCAAGGGCAGUGGCAGGGCCACCCUGGGCAUUACUUUAUCAGAACACUAGCAGUUGGAGCUGGGCUGAGCCCUUGGGCACUGUGUUCCCUCCAUGUCUGUAGUCUACAUCUGUAGCUUUGCAUUAGCAGGGACAGAGCAUGAGACCCUUCAGAGGCACUCAGCCCAGCCACCUUUGAGGGCCACUGAGGGCUUGAAUAAACAUGGGAACUUCCUGCCAGACUGCUUUGUUCUUUG